AUGUUGAUCUCUUUUAAAGCUCGAAUCUCAAAGCAAAGACCCGGUCUCUUUCUCUCGGCCAGAUCUUCGUCCAACCCGAUAGGCUGCACUGAUCCUCCCUGGCUUCUUCCCCCCCACCCAUAUAAAAAUUUUCAAAUCUCCUUCCGACUUCACACCAUCCCUCGCCGCAGCAAAGGCAAGAAGCUGAGAAGACGCCGCCUCUCCUUGUCGAAUUCGAUGAUUCCACGACCAUACUCCAUGGAUGCUCACACCCGAGCCCAGGACCUCGCAUCUUCCAUCCUCACAGCCUCCUCCCCUCCAGCCAUCGCUACCGUGAUCACCGCCGUGGAGUCCAUCCUCUGCAAGCUCUCCCCCGAUCAGUCACGUUCCUUCUUUUCCAUCGCGUUCCCUGCACUCAUCUGCCGACUCUUCGGCUUCGACGAAUCUUCUAUAAACACGAUGCGCUCCACCUCAUCCUCCACCGCUUGGAUUGACCAAGCCCAUCUUAAUCUUGACCUAGCCGUCCGCCUUUUCGCGUUGCUUUCCCCGCAGGGACCUCUCUUUUCGGCUAUCUCCUCUGCCGAUCGUCUUGGCCUCGUAAAGUACGUAUUCCCGGCGGAGCGGCUGCCGGAGUGGAUGAGGUACGCGCUGCAGAGCGAGCGCCAUUCAUCGAUCCUCUCUGAUUUGUGUCCUCUAUUUAGAGGGAGGGUCAAGGAGGAUCCAAUCCAGGGCGCUUUCCAGCUCCAGCUUAAUGCUUUCGAGUACUAUAUAUUUUGGUUUGCGUACUAUCCCGUGUGUAGGGGGAGUAGUAAAGGUUCGGAUGAUAUUUUAGCACCGAAGAGCAGGCGGAAGUCGAGGUUGGAGAGCUGGACUUCUUCUCUGCCGGUUCUUGUCUAUGCCAGCAGGAGGUCUGGUCAUAAGACUGAAGUUAGUUUAUACCUCCGACUUUUUUAUUCGUAUAUGUGUGCCUUUGUGCCGAAGUGUGGAUUGGGUUCUCAUCAGCCAUACCGCAGCUCGCUUCUGCAUUAUUCUUCGAGCUGCGAUAUUUCAUUAUUUGAGCAGGCUGAGUUCCUGGUCUAUGCAUUGAUUCAUUUUUGGCUAGUGGACAACGAUUUUUCACCUCUUGCUUUGAAUGUUUGCCGGUCUUUUGGCAUCUCAUUUCGGCAUCGAGCAUUAAUAGUGGAGACACCUCCGACUGCUGGAUUGGGUGAAAUGGUGAAGUUGUUUGUAAAGUAUUUUAGCUCUUGUUUAGUUGUUGGUGCUGAAGGUAGUUCGAAAGUUCUGGGGUCGAUUGGUACUUCUUCCACGAGGUCCAUGGUUUCUUUAGAGAGCACAGUUUGUUCCUGGAACUCAGCGGUACAGAGGCCAUUGUACAGGUUUCUCUUGAGGACAUUCCUUUUCUGCCCCAUUGGUGCAUCUAUGAAGAAUGUGACUCAGGUUUUCUAUAUAUGGGUAUCGUACAUGGUUCCUUGGAGAACUAAUCCUGAAGAUUUUGUUGAGUUUGAGCCACCAACUGUGUACAAACUGGAGAGCUCAAAAAAGGAACCGAUUCAGGGGAAAAUCAUUGGAGAAAAUGCAAGUUGCCAUCCAUUAGGUUUGUACACACCCCUUUGGGAGGGUUAUGUGGCUUCUAAUUAUCUUUUCUACAGCUCAUUAGUUGUGCAUUUUCUUGGUUUUGCACACAAGUUUCUUCAUGCAGAUGUUGAGACAGUAGUUGGCAUGGUGUUGAAGGUUUUAAACAUUUUGACUUCAUCCAAGGAGCUAACAAACCUUCUUCGAAAUGUUCACACUGCAUAUCAAUCAAAGAAAUCAGGGAUCUAUUCGCACUUUAAUGUGGAUAAAUACAUUCCAUCAAUUCGCCAGCAGCUGGAGGAUUGGGAGGACGGUCUAUGUGAAACUGGCACCGAUGGAGCAUUCUUGCAUGAAAACUGGAACCAAGAUCUCAGGCUUUUUAAAGACGGGGAAGACGGGGCUCCUAAGUUACUUCAGUUGUUUGUCCUCCGAGCAGAGCAUGAGAUUCAUUUGUUGUCAGGUGAAAACGUGCAAAGUCGUCAAGCCUUGGAGUCAAUCAAAUCCCAAAUGAAGUUUCUUUUUGAUGUUGCAUUGGCCCCCCAACCCCAUUUACAAAACUCAAUUGAAGAUCUCCCCAGCCCUUGUCACGGUCGAAAAGAUGUGUUUGCUCCCAAGCAUCCCGGUUUCGGAACAGGCAAAUGGGCUGAUGUCAAAUACAAGGGUGACUGGAUGCAUCGACCAAUCUCAGAUACAGAAGUCGCAUGGCUCGCAAGGCUAUUGAUCAGAUUUUCUGAUUGGUUAAAUGAGUCUCUAGGCUUCGACCGUGUUGAGAGCAACGGGGAGUCAUGCCGGCCAACCUAUGUGGAGCCCGCGAAUGGUGAUUGGAGAUUUGAGGGUGGACCCAUGGAACUUGCAACCAUGCUUGUAAAUCUAGUUGCUUCUUGGCUUGGGAUGUUCGGUCAUUCACUGGUCAGCUUCAUGAGAGGGCAUGGAAUGAGGAUAAAUCUGCGGUUGUUCUCAUCCCAGAAAUUUUUUAUGUUUUGUAUUAUAUAUUUGAUUUUUUAUGCUUUGAAGAAGGUAUCCGCUGCGUUGUCGUUGGGUGAUGGAGUUAAACUUGCCAGGAACCACACAUGAUCAACUUUGCCCCUGUUUUGUGAUUGUAAAUAUCUUUUAUAGAGCCAUGCAUGCAAAAUCCUACAGGAAUUGCACAGUAAUGGCGAUUUUUAUUAGAAAUGUUUUUCUUUGAUUUAUGUAAACAAUAGUCAUUAUAGAUUAUAUUUGAAUUCUAAAUUUAC